AUUACCAAGUCUUAAAUUUUGCUAUGAUAGUGUCUUCUGCCCUUAUGAUAUGGAAAGGGCUGAUCGUCAUUACUGGAAGUGAAAGCCCUAUUGUUGUGGUGCUCAGUGGCAGCAUGGAACCAGCUUUUCACAGGGGAGACCUGUUGUUCUUAACAAAUUUCCAUGAUGACCCAAUCAGAGCUGGUGAAAUAGUUGUUUUUAAAGUUGAAGGCAGAGACAUUCCAAUAGUUCACAGAGUAAUCAAAAUACAUGAAAAAGAAAAUGGGAACAUCAAAUUUCUGACUAAAGGUGAUAAUAAUGAAGUUGAUGAUAGAGGCUUGUACAAAGAAGGUCAGAACUGGUUAGAGAAGAAGGAUGUUGUUGGAAGAGCAAGAGGAUUUUUGCCUUAUGUUGGUAUGGUAACUAUAAUAAUGAAUGACUAUCCAAAAUUUAAGUAUGCUCUUCUGGCAGUAAUGGGAGCAUAUGUACUGCUGAAAAGGGAAUCCUGAAAAUAAAGUCACCUUUUCCAAGAACAGAGGAUAAAGUAAAAUAUACUGGGGGGAAAAAAACUAAUAUAUUUCAGAUGUUUUCAUUUCUGUAUACAGUUACAAAACUGUGCAAGCCUUUGUUUUGUCUAAAUAAACUGUACAACUAAUGAGU